AUGGCCCCCAAUUCCCCCCUCAAAGACAAAGCCACCACGGCCCUCAAGCACAAUCCCUCCGCCCUCGGCGACCCCAUCUCCAUCAAAUCCGAGACCACGCCCAGCGAGCACGAUCUCCAGGGCUCUGGCUCUCCCGACACGCCAACAACGCCCAAAGACAAUGAAAAGAAACAGCAGCAGCAGCAGCAGCAGCGGCAAGCGCCGAAAGAUAGCCAGAGGAAAGGCGAUGGCAAGAGUUUGAAGGAGGUGGCCGAGGCCGCGAAUCCGAGCAUGUUGGGGGAUCCGGUGAGUCUCAAGGCGGAGACGAGCGAGACGCAGGUCACGGAGGGGGACAGGGGGGCAUUGAGGGAUGGGGAGAAGAAGAAGGGGAAGGGGGACUCGAAGCUGUGA